UGAGCCCGGCGCGCCGCGCUCGAGCGGCCGUUCCUCUGCCAACGGGUGCCGAGGGCCCGGGGAGCGCGGACGCCGGGCAUGCCGGCCAUGGCUCCCUGGGCGGGGGCCGAACUCUCGGCGCUGAAUCCGCUGCGUGCCGUGUGGCUCACGCUGGCCUCGGCCUUCCUGCUGACCCUACUGCUGCAGCUCGUGCCGUCCGGCCUGCUUCCGGGCUGCGCGCUCUUCCAGGACCUGAUCCGCUAUGGAAAAACCAAAGAAGGGGGGCCGUCGCGACCGGCCGCCUGUCGGGCCUUUGAUGUCCCCAAGAGGUAUUUUUCUCACUUCUAUAUCAUCUCAGUGCUGUGGAAUGGCUUCCUGCUCUGGAGCCUUACUCAGUCUCUGUUUGUGGGAGCACCUUUUCCAAACUGGCUUCAUCAUUUACUCAGAAUUCUUGGGGCUGCGCAAUUCCGAGGGGAUGAGCUCGUGCUGUCUGCGUUCUUAGUACUAGUAUUUCUGUGGCUACACAGCCUACGAAGACUCUUCGAGUGCUUCUAUGUCAGUGUCUUCUCCAAUGCCAUGAUUCACGUCGUGCAGUACUGUUUUGGACUUGUCUACUAUGUCCUUGUUGGCCUAACUGUGUUGAGCCAAGUGCCAAUGGACGGCAGGAAUGUCUCUGUGAUAGGGAAAAAUCUCUUGAUGCAAGCUCGGUGGUUCCAUAUCCUCGGAAUGAUGAUGUUCAUCUGGUCAUCUGUCCAUCAGUAUAAGUGUCAUGUCAUUCUCGGCAAUCUCAGGAAAAAUAAAGCAGGAAUGGUCAUUCACUGUAACCACCGAAUCCCUUUUGGAGACUGGUUUGAAUAUGUUUCCUCCCCUAACUACUUGGCAGAGCUGAUGAUCUACGUUUCCAUGGCUGUCACCUUUGGUUUCCACAACUUAACUUGGUGGCUCGUGGUAACAUACGUCUUCUUCAACCAGGCUCUGUCUGCUUUCCUCAGCCACAAAUUCUACAAAAGCAAAUUCGUCUCCUACCCGAAGCACAGGAAAGCUUUCCUUCCAUUUCUGUUUUAAGAUAAUCUCAGUUAUGAGGAAUGCACACCAGGUGACAGUUCCAAUUCCCAAGGACAAUGAAGUUCUAGAAACCAAAGUACAAUUUCUGUAGAACUGUUUGAAACUCUCUGGUCCAUUUCUGUUACCAGAAGUCUUCAGUGCAUGAGCAAAGCAAUACCGCUCAAGAAAAUGAGUCUUGGGACUUCCCUGGCAGUCCAGUGGUUAAGGCUCCGCACUUCCACUGUGGAGGGGCAUGGGUUUGAUCCCUGGUUGGGGAACUAAGAUCUCACUUGCUGCUCAGCAUGGCAAAAUAAAUAAAAUUUUUUUAAACAAUAACAA